GUGACCAAGAAUCUUCAACAACUCAGUGCUGAUAUUUUUCCACGAGGGGGUUUAGAUAAUACUGUGGGCAAGAACCCUAAAAUUCAAGAUCUGCAUAUAAGUAAGAGCUAUCAUUCCUGGAAUAAUUAUCGAGCCUAAAGAAAGACUUAAGCUGGGUUAAUAGAUUUUUAGAGUUCAAAUAAGUAUUUUUGAGAAUUGAUGGCAAAUCUGCAAAUAGUGCCGAAAGUAGGGGAGGAGAUUCAGCAUUCGAGUCAUCCCCAGCAUCCUCUGACUCUCGUCUUUGCGCAAUCACUGUACACCUGUAGCGGGUGUAAGGAAUAUGGAGCUGGACUCAGAUACAGGUGCAACAAGUGCAACUUAAGCAUGCACGACUUCUGUGCGAAGGCUCCACCCACCAUCCACCCAUAUCACGCGCAGCACAAUCUCGUCUUCCACAACAAACCAGCUGGACUGAAAAAGCCGAAAUGCGGGGUUUGUGGAAAGGCCACCAACGGUUCCGCUUUCCGCUGCUCAAUCUGCUCAUUCUGUAUUCAUCCCUGCUGCUUGCAACUUCCUCCCGAGCUCACCUUGAAAGAACAUCCUCAGCACUCCCUCAAGCUCUUAUCUGCCUCCCCAUUACCCAACAACUCCCCUUACACAUGCAAUUCAUGCAACAAAAAGGGUACCACCUGGGUAUAUUACUGCGUUCCCUGCGAAUUCUAUCUCCAUGCUCUCUGUGCGAAAGGUGUAAUAAAUGGGCUCCAGGCGCAGGGAAUCAGUGCGCCGCCUAAGAUGAGCAGGGUUGCAAGGGCUGCUCGUUAUGCUUCUCAGGUUGUUCGGAUCUUUGUGAAUGGACUUGUAGAAGGACUUGGCGAAGAUGUUGGGGAUGUUAUUCUCGAUAUUGUAACUCGUGAGGUCGUUCCUACCGUCGCAGAUGGUGGUGCUAAACGUGGGUCACGUUAAUUUCUUUCUGCUGCUUUUCUAAAUGCUAUCUGAGAGCUCUGCUAUAAAUAUUUAUAUAUGUACAGUGUUGUUUGU